AUGGCUGUGAUUAACCAACCUAUGAGUCAGAUUAGAUUGACCAACGUGUCACUUGUCCGCAUGAAAAAGGGCAAAAAGAGAUUUGAGAUUGCCUGCUACCAGAAUAAAGUCCAGGACUGGAGACUGAAAGUGGAAAAGGAUAUCGACGAAGUGCUUCAGAUUCCCCAAGUUUUCCAGAAUGUUUCCAAGGGCCAGGUUGCCAAUAACGACGACUUGAUGAAGGCUUUUGGAACUACCAGCCAAGACGAAAUAAUUCUUGAAAUUCUCAACAAGGGCGAAAUUCAACUUCACGAGAAAGAAAGAUCAGCUAACUUACAACAGAAACAAAAUGAAUUUUUAACCAUCAUAUCCACCAAGUGUAUUAACCCUAAAUCGAAGAAGAGAUAUCCUCCUUCAAUGAUCCAGAAGGCAUUGAACGAAGUCAAAUUCCAUUUGAACCCAUCCAAACCUACAAAGCAACAGGCGUUGGAUGCUAUCAGACUACUUGUAGAAAAGCAGAUUAUUCCUAUUGCCAGAGCCCAGAUGAAGGUCAAAAUCACCUUGUCUAAGAAAGCGUACCAGAAAGUCUACAAAGAUGAAAUUGAACCUAGCAUUGAUCUGAUUAUAGACGAAGAUAAAGACGGUAAGGUGUACGAGUGUGUCUGUAUUAUCGAUCCUAUUAACUAUAGAAAGAUUGUAGAUGUGUUGGAGGGUGAUGGAGCCAAGAUCUCCAAGAGUGAUGGUUCCAUUGAAGUGAUAGACAUGGCCGCUAUCAAGGAGACUUAG